AAAUAAUUAAAUUGUUAAAUUUUAGCAAAGAACAAUAAUAAAACAACGAAAAUAAUAUCGUCGAACAUUUUUAAUAUAAUUUAAUACAAAUAAGGCUAUUAUCCUUAAUACAAAUAAGUUUUUACGCCGUUGGCUUUAUAAAUUUAUAGCCGGCAAUAAUUUCAAUACUUGAAUCAGGAGUUUGUUUAACAGCUGAUGUAUUCAAACAAAUGUCGAUGCAUUUAUUAACGAAAGUGCAUUAUUUUAAACAAUUUGGAAAAAAUGAGUGAAGAAAUGCAAACAUGUGUAGCACAAAUGGAAGAAGAUGAGGAAGAUUCAAGAGCCACACCCGAAAGACCACCCUUUCGCCCAUAGGACCACAGACAACAAAUGAUAGUGAAGAUACUCACAUGCCAACAGUUAAAACAGAGCCAACAGAUAUUGAACAGAAUGAUAACAAUCAGAGAGUACCAGAGGUGGAGAUCAUACCACCAAUACAAACUCAAGAAACAGCCAACCAAGAGGCCAAUAAAAUGGCAAAAAUUCCAACUGAUACACAAGGGGUAAAAGUAAAAGCCGAAACGGACUUAGAGGAGGCUCAUGUUGUGGAUUAUGAUAUGCCUUUGUCAAAGACUCCUGAUAAAGAUAAUACUUCGAAAGCUGCCCAACCCAGCGAUUUGGAAACUACUAGAUUAUUAAGCAAUUUUCCAACAAUGGAAGCAGUAAAUGGAGAUUCCUUUCAAAUGCCCACAACUAACUCUGUAACAGAUAAUACAGCUAAAUCUGCGCUUGAUGCCUAUCUAGAUGGUCUGGCCACUCCUAUAGCUCCUGUACGACCUCGCUUAAGAGUAAAAACAGAGUUUUCCCUUAUACCACAAACACCACGACGCGAGCCUUCGCCUCAGCCGGAUUCUCAAAAUAAAGAAAGUGAAAAUAUGGAAACUGACAUAUCACCACCACCUCCGCCCCCCUUAAUAUCAUCCGUAACUACUACAGAUAGUCUAGCAGAUGGCAUAGCCACUCCAAGAAUAUCUUUAGCGGCCAUAAAUCGCCUUAGAGUAAAAACCGAGUUUUCCACUCCCCCAGAUUACAAUGAAGAUUCCUCUUCUCUACCCAGUGAUUAUUUUAAUGAUCUUUUAGAGUCGAAAGAAACCAAAAGAGAAUCAGGAGAAGUUUCCAGCAAUAGUGAGGAUGAUAGUGAAGAUGAAAAUAUACCGGCCGAUUUCUUUGAUGAUUUACUACAAGAUAAGUUAAAGGAAAGAAUUGAAGAGGCUAGAAAUAAUGAGUUAGAAGAAAAAUAUUCAGAUCGUUUAAAGGAAUUGAAAAGAUUACAAAAAGAAAAACGCAAUAAACGUAAAAAACAAAAGAAAUCCAAAAAGAAGUCAAGAAAACGUUCUAGAUCUAGAUCCGUCUCGCCCUCAAAUAAUAAAACUAAAGAGAAACAGCAUCAAGAUGUUGGUGAUAACACAAAUCAUGAUAAAAUUAAACGUAGUAGAAAUUCACCUCCUCCACGCCAAGAAACAAAAACAACAGCAGCUUCAACUAAUAUUUUUAAUAGGCAGUAUAUAGAGGAUGGUCUAAGAGUGGAUCAAAAUAUUAGAGUAAAAACGGAAGCUAUCAGCAACUAUACGGAUAAUAAUCCAACUGAGAGUACAAAUUUUGUAGAAAAUGUGGAAGACAUUGAGGAGGUUUUAACGCCAAAGCAAAAGAGAGAAAGAGCUGUCAGACGUGCCACUGCCUUGCUGCAACAUCUCAAAGAUUCUGCUGGCGAUGAAGAAUCCAAUAUUUUCUCUACCUUUCCCUUCGUUUCCACGGUACGCAAAUUGCCCACCAGCCAUUCUUAUGUUCAGCAACAAAUCUAUGAAAAUCGUUCUCCCCUGCACACAAUCAACAAUGUUAGUUAUAAAUUCAAUUCACAUAUCACCCGUUUCAACAUGGAGGAAUGGGGUUUAGCUGCUCUUCCUACACAUGCCGCCAAAGUGGCAAAACUAGUAGGCUGUGAUGCCCAGUUUAUACAUAACAAAUUGAAAACCAUUAAAAUCCCAGCCAAAUUGAAAAAAGUCAAACAGGAGCCGGGCAAUAAGGAGCCAACGGAAAAUGACGAAGAAGAGGAAUUAAUAGAAACCAGCUCAUCGUUAUACUGUAAUGCCAUGACCCAAACAGAUGAUCUGGAGGAAUUUGAUAUGCAGCGUAAGGCAAAAGGUUAUGACAUAGCUAUACAAGUGGAACCCAAUGUCUAUAGUAUAGGCUGUCAGACACUAGAGACACAAUCGCCUACCGAGAAUAUACAUCAAGAUGAUGAUUCACCCAUCAUGAAUAUUAUACGUGAUCUUAAUGAGAAUCAAUUAAUGGCCAUACACCAAUUUGCCGAAUUGAUACGACAACCUAAUGCCAAUGCCAGCAAUGCCAUGGAAAUGUAUAAAGUCCAAAUGCAAAUAGUGGAUAUAUAUAAAAUAUCACAAAUUCCCUCCGCCUUGUCAACGCCACAAACUCAGGCUAUAAAUAAUUAUACCACGACCACCACAACCAAUACUAGUCCUUCGCGACGUAGAGGUAAUGUUCAACCACAAAGGGAGCCAGCUCCCCAGCUGACCAUACAAAGUGUUCGAGGAGCCGAUGGUACACAAUUUUCCAUUAAUGAUCCUAGAGCCAAGUCAGCGGUGUACUCUCAAAGAAUUGCAAAAGAUAAUGGUGCUGGUUCAUCAUCAUCAUCAUCUUCAGCAACAUAUGAUUCUAGAUAUUCGGCUUUUGCUCAACCCUCUCAUGGCAGAUCUGCUCCCCAUGAGGCCUAUUCGCAGGCACGUUCGUAUGGCAAUGAUAGCAGUAGUAGAUCUUCCACGCAUCAACGUCAGUAUGGUCAAAAAACUCAAGCUCCUCUGCCUACUGCAACGAAAUUUUAUGGGCGUGGUGGUUUAAGACGUUGAUGAAGGUUAGAAAUAGUGAUUUGACAGGAUUUACUUUUUAUUUACUAUUAAUUUAUCAAUAAUGUUUGAAUCCAUUCCUAAAUGUUGAACGUUAGUAGAAGUCAAGUUACCAUAAUUCUUAUUCCUGUGGACUAACGUCCAUAGGUUUGGCUAUUGGCUAUUGAUAGGCUAUUGAUUAGUCUAUGGACUAGUUUAUGGACUUUUCUAUAGACUAGUUUAUUGACUAGACUAUGGCUAGUCUACGGACUAGUCUAUUGUCUAGUCUAUGGAAUAGACUACGGGAUAGUCUACAGACAAGUCUAGUUUAUUGACUAGACUAUGGACUACUCAAUGGGCUUUUCUAUUGAUUAGUCUAUGAACUACUCUAUAAACUACUCUAUUGACUAGUCUAUGGAGUACUCUAUUAAUUAGUAUAUUGUCUAGUAUAUGGAAUAGUCUACGGACUAUGGCUAGUCCAUUGUCUAGUCUAUGAAAUAGACUACGAGAUAGUCUAUAGAAGAGUCUUUGGAAUAGUCUAUGGACUAGCUUAUUGACUAGGCGAUGGACUAGUCAAUGGACUUUUCUAUUGACUAGUCUAUGAACUACUCUAUUGACUAGUCUACGGACUACUCCAUUAAUUAGUAUAUUGUCUAGUCAAUGGAAUAGUCUACGGUCUUGUCUAUGAACUAGUCUUUGGAAUAGUCUACAGUCUUGUCUAUGGCCUAACCUAUGGACUAGUUUAUUAAUUGAUAUAUGGUCCAAUUGACUAUAGUUUAUAACAGAUUUAAUUUAAAUUGUUUAACAACUUUUUUUAUUUCCAACAUAACUUGAUCAUAUAAGUACUUCCUCAUUAAUUUAAGUUUAUAAAUAAAAAAAUCGAGUAAUUGAUCCAUAUUUUAUAAAUUUUGCCUAUAAUCUCGUAUAAUUUGUAACUACUCCUUUCAGCUUUAACAUAAAUUUAAAUUAUUUCAUUUAAACAGUUGUUUAACAUUGACCCGAAUCUUAAAACAAAAUGACAAUAUUGAAUUAAAUGUUAAUUUAAUGGACAAAAACG